AUCAUACCAAAACAAAGACUGGUUACGGUUUAUUUAUACCGUUUGAAAGACCAAAACCGCUGACACCUUUGCAUAUGAACGACCCAUCUUCGAUAUUGCGAAGAAAUAACGGCCAUAGGCUUUCUGUAGCGGGCGCUACAAGAUCAUCAUUUAGAUCAAGUCAAUUUGAAACAGGAUCAGCUAAACGUAAAUCCUUACUUUCUACGCCAGCAUCGACCAAAAGAAGACAGAGUUCACUUCCACCAGGACUGACCCCUAGUCUGCUGCAGCAAUUGCACUCCUCGCAGCAACAACAGGCCCCUGUGACUGCAUCUCCAUCUGUCAUAGAUCCUCGUCCACUUCGGGAUAAGAAUUAUAUCUCACUUUUACAACAAGAAGUUUACGAUUUCCUUUCAGCAAAUAAAUUUGAAAUUGAACUGGGUGGACAUCCAUUAACACAAAGAACACUUCGACAACCAACUCAAAGAGAUUUUGUAGUUGUAUUUCAAUUUCUUUAUCAUAAAAUUGAUCCAUUUCAUCGAUUUACUAAAACUAUUGAUAAUGAAGUGUUUAUAUUAUUAAGAACACUUAAUUAUCCAUAUUUAGAAACAAUCAAUAGAACUCAAAUAGCCUCGGUGAACUCCCUGAACUGGCCGGCCAUUCUUGGAAUGCUUUAUUGGUUAGUGAAAUUAAAUUUAUCAUUAGCUGAUUUAACCAUUGAUGGUACAGAUCCAAUACUUGUUGAUGAUCAACUUGAUCAAAUAUUUAUAGAUUAUAUCAGACAAUCAUAUCGAGCAUUUAUUAAUAAUGAAGAUGAUUAUUCACCAUUUCUUUCAAAUAUGAAGGAAAAAUUUGAUGAAAUGACAAAGGGAAUAAUUGAAGAUAUUGGGAAUUUAGAAAUUGAAAAUCAACAAUUACAAACUCAAUUGGAUACAUUAACAAAGGAAUUGAGUAUAUUAGAACAAUCUGAACUUAAAUCAAAGGCGCUUGAAUCUGAUUUAGUGAAAUUUAAAGCAUAUAUUGAAACUAUGGAAUCAAGAAAAUUAAAAUGGUCUGAUGUUUUAGAUAAAAUAAGGGAAGAAGUAACAAAUUGUGAAAAGGAAUUAAUAGAAUUAGAAUCUGAUAAACAAAGAUGUCAACUUGAAUUGGAAGUUCAAGGUCAUACUCCAAAGGAUAUUGAUGGAUUAUAUACUGAAAGAGAUAAACUUACAAGGUUAAUUGAUGUUACAAAUUCAAGAAUUGAAGAAUUAGAAAAUCAAUUAAGAAUUAAAGAAAUUGAAUGUCAAAGAGGAUUUGAAAGUUUAGAUAAUUUCAUUAAACAAUAUAAUGCAAUGGUUUAUCGAAUGGGUACAGCAUCAGCAUCAUCACAAGUUGAUAAAGAUGGAAAUAAUUCAAAUUCAAAUUCAUAUGAACUUACACUUUUAGUGAAUUUACCAACAUCCAAACCUUUAUUACCAGCUGAUAUUAUAAAUAAAACGAUAUCACUGCAAAAAGUUCAAUUAUUACAAUAUAAAUCACAAAUCAAUACUACUAUUCAUAAACAUCAAGAUGAUCUGAUUAAACUUCAAGAACAAUUAGAUCUUAUGCUGGAACAAAUUACAGAAAAGAGAGAAGAAAUUGAAACAUUAGAGGCAAAACUUUCUGCUAAUAAGACAACAUAUGAUGAAAUAUAUGAAACCAUGACAAAUGAUACUACAACAUAUUCAAUGCAAAUUGAAAAACUUGAAAGAGAACUUCGAUCAAUUAAAAUCAAUACAAAUCAAGGAUUAAUUGAAGUUGAAAAUCGAUCACAAGCGAUUCAAAUAGAAUAUGAUGAACUUAUUCAUCAAAUUCAAGCAGAAAGAUCAACCUUACAUGAUAGAGUUCAAAGAUUAAUUGAAUUUACAAUUGGAUUUAAAAUUAAUAUGCAACAAAAUUUGGAAGAUUUAGAAAGUUUAGCAAUUCAAGAAAGUAAUUAAAUGAAGAAUGAAUCUUUUAAAUCUUUUAUUAAUUGAAAACUACAAUAUAAAGAUGUACAUUAU